AUGAAAACAGAAAUUGCCAAUGAUAUCUCUGACAAUACAAGCAUUCUAAAGAUUUGGGGUAUCUUGAUUUCCCUUUGCUGUGUCAUCACCGCAACAUUCUACGUGAUUAUUGGUCUGUUUCUUUAUAGAAAACUGAUGGCGGAAAAGGUGGGCCUGCUUAUUCUUAUCCCUGUCUUUGCACUUAUAGGUGCACUACACGCAUUUUUUUACCUCGGAGCCAUGUGCAUCGCGAUUGGGUGUAUUUUGAAUGUCUUUGGACGUGGUGUGGGUAUCCUUCAUGCGGCUGUGUUUUCGUCCAUUAUGUCCUUUGUGAUUAUUUCCCUUGCCAUGGGAAGGAAAACACAGUUGUACGCUUUUUGA